AUGGCAGCCCCCUACGCAAAUGACCAUCUCAACCCCAACGGGCCGGACGAUGCCCGUCCUACGGCCCUCAAAAUCAUUCGAGACGAAGACCUCGACGGGAAACUCACUGGCAAAGUCUUCUUAAUCACAGGUUGCACCUCGGGUAUUGGUAUCGAAAUCGCUAGGGCGAUCCACGCCACAGGCGCCGAUGUGUACAUUACAGGUCGGCAGGCCGACAAGGGAAAGGAGGUUGUCAAUAGGAUCCUAGCAGAUGGAAAGCCAGGGAAGGUCGUUUACUUGGACAUGUCUCUUGACUCAAUUGCAAGCGCCAAGAAGGCGGCGGCCAACUUCUUGGGGCUCUCCAAGACUCUCAAUGUCCUUAUCUGCAACGCGGGUAUUGCCCUUGCACCCCAAGGAACCACAAUGGACGGCAAUGAGACACACUUUGGCGUCAACUAUGUCGCCCACUUUGCCUUGUUCCAUGAACUACGCGACACCCUUCUGGCAUCGGCAACUCCUGAGUUCUCAUCACGAGUAGUGACUACGUCAUCCAUGGUUCACGCAAUGAGCACCUUAUUGCUCGAUGACUACAACUUUGAACGCACCCCCUAUGGGCCUUAUGUAGCUUAUGGCUCUUCCAAGACGGCCACCCUCUGGAUGGCAAAUGAGAUUGAGAGGCGCUACGGCUCCAAGGGCCUCCAUGCAACCUCGGUGCAUCCCGGAGCGGUCUUGACAGAGAAGAUCAGCGCUCAAAUGGGAGGAUCUGAGGGAACGAUGCAGAAUCCUGCCAUUGGCCUAUAUAUGAAGAGCAUAGCGCAGGGUGCUGCAACCACAGUUUGGGCGGCUGUUGGUAAGGAGUGGGAGAAGAGAGGCGGCCGUUACCUUGCAGAGGUAUCCGAAGCCGGCCCGCUGAGAGGAUCAGAGACCGAUAUCAUCAGGCUUGGCUACGCGCCUCACGCAUAUGAUGAGGAUGGGGAGAAGCGGCUGUGGAAGAUAGGGCUUGAGCUCAUUGGAGCACAGGACGAUGCUUGA